GAAGAAAGGAAGAAAGCAAACAACAACAGCGGCACUGCGGCUUCAUGGCACUGAGCUAUGAUUCACUCUCUUGCAGCAGCGAUGAGCAGCCACCUUCCGAACGCCUCUUCCUCUUCCUCCUCUCCCUCCUCCUCUUCCUCCUCUCUGGGUGGCACGUGGAUCUUGCCGGACAGCCGUAACUCCUCUCUGGUGCGGAGCGGGGCGGACCUGCGCCCGCUGGCUCCUGUUAGCCCUUGGGACGUUGCCCUGUGUGUCACUGGUACGCUCAUCUCCUGCGAGAAUGCUCUGGUGCUGGCAGCUCUCUUCUACGCUCCCAGCCUGCGCGCACCCACCUUUAUCCUCAUCGGCAGCCUGGCUGUGGCUGACCUGCUGGCCGGCCUUGGCCUGGUGCUCAACUUCAUCUCCAUCUAUGCGCUGGACACUGAGCUGGCCACGCUGGCCUCUGUGGGGCUGCUGAUUGCUGCCUUCUCAGCAUCUGUCCUCAACAUCCUGGCAAUCACGGUGGACCGCUACCUUUCACUGUACAAUGCUCUUACCUACAACACAGAGCGCACUCUUACUUUCACUUACGCCAUGCUGGCGCUCAUCUGGCUGGUGUGCGUGGCGCUGGGCCUGCUGCCUGCCCUGGGCUGGAACUGCCUCGCCGAUGAGACACGCUGCAGCGUGUGCCGCCCGGUGACCAAGAACAACGCCGUGGCGCUGGCCGUCACCUUUCUGCUGGUCUUUGCGCUCAUCAUGCAGCUCUACCUGCAGAUCUGCAAGAUCGCUUUCCGUCACGCGCAGCAGAUCGCCGUGCAGCAGCACCACUUCGCCGCCAUCUCCACCACCAAAGGCGUGUCCACACUGUCCGCAAUUCUGUGCACCUUCGCCGCCUGCUGGAUGCCCUUUGCUAUGUACUCCAUUGUGGCCGACUCCAGCUACCCCGCCAUCUACACAUACGCCACCGUGCUACCAGCCACAUGCAACUCGGUCAUAAACCCCAUCAUUUAUGCGUUCAGAAACCCGGAUAUCCAGAAGUCCCUCUGGCUGGCCUGCUGCGGAUGCGUCCCAACCAACUUCUCCCUGCGGCCAAGGACGUCCAGUGACGUUUAGAGCAGAUCAACACAGGACUUUCUGAGAUGUUACCGAGGACU